GAUUAUCUUAUUAAUAAUAAGAUGGAUCUUAUUAACUUUUUAAUAAAAUGGCGAUCUUAUUAAUAAUAAGAUAAUAUGUUAAUAAUAUCGUAGAAUCUUAUUAAUCUAAUAAUAUGUUAUGUUUGAGUUAUUAGAAAUUUUCCGAUAUUUUGGUUAUUAACAUAUUAAUGACAUAUCAAAAAUGUAAAUCUAUAAGUCCACAGAUAUUUCGCGAUUCACUUUCAAGCGAACGGAGUUCAUGUAAAUUCCUUUGGUGUACACGCGCAGCGGUUUUUCCAUUCCAUCUGUAUAAAUACAAAAGUGAUGUGUUGGGCUAAAGCCAUCUUCGAAAAUGGUUAUUCGUUUAUCAUGCGACGUUUCACUCUUUUUAGGAGCAUCAUCAGGCUGGAGAACAAAAGAAUUUAAAAUGUUUUCGAACGUUUUCCAUUUUUUGCUAUCAAUUUACACAAAUUGUAUCAGCUCUACGUGUCCAUCAAAAGAAUUUGGUUAUUGAGCUUCAUUUGGUGUCUGAAUAUGAUUACACGAUGCAACAACAAGAAACAACUACAGAGAAGGGAACUUAUUUACAAAGGUUUUUGGGCCCACUUAAUCCGAAUCUGGCAUUAGUUUGUCCUGGCACGUCUAGUUUUCAAGAUACAUUCAUUGCUUUCCGUAUCAGAUUUGAAUUAAGUGGGCCAAAAAAACCUUGGAAAUGAGUCUCCUCUUUUUGGGGGAAAUUUUUCUUUAAAAUUUGUUGCAUAGUGUUAGUAGACCUCAAUUCGUAAAUUCCAUAACUGAAAAAUACCACAAUUCAUCAAUUAUACGUUGCAGUGCACGUGUCAGCUAUUGGUAGAUGAAUGGUAUAAAAGAGGCACCACCGCAUAGGGGAGACCAAACGAAUUCAAAGUAUCUCUUCUCAAAUUAUCAUUGUGCAACAGGUUAAAACUCUGUUUCGUUGGCAAAUUAAAAUGAAUCUACUACACGGUUUGUUUUUGGUGCUAUUUAUCGUUGCAUUUUCGGUAAGUUUUUCUAUUCCAUUAUCAUUUUCAUUUUUAUCCAACAAAAUGCGAUGUUUCUGUAGAAUUGAAAGUGAACACGAAAUUUAUUUUUUUCUAGGAACUUCAAGGAAAACGUAAGACAAUUUUUGUUUUCGUACACACUUUUAAUGAUUCCAAGAGAUUUUUCAUUUUAAAAUUUCAACUCUUUUCUCUAAUGAACAGAUGGAUUUUUCUCACAAGCUCUUCUCAAGGGCGAAGUGAUUGAAACUAUGUCACAGGCAAAGUUUGUUGCUGGAAUCUAUACCCCUGCAAGAUAUUUGUAUGCAUUCAAAGACAAUUUAACUGAUGCUGAUAGAGAAAUGCAGUCUACAUGUACCGCAUUUAUUUUGUCAAAAACGGAAAUUAUCACGAAUGCCCAUUGUGUUGCUGGCGCUCCAUAUGCCUUUGUAGUAGCUGGUACGAAAGUUGCAUCAGACGAAAAUCAAAAAAUCAAAAUCAAAGUCGAAAAAGAGAACAUUGCAUGGCACCCUUAUUAUAGUCAUUUAAUUGUUGGUGCAUUUGAUAUUGCCAAACUUACAUUGAAAACGCCGUUAGAAUUCAGCGAUACCGUUGGCAGUAUCAAACUCGUGGACAAGGAUUACAAAUUGAAUAACUCAUCAGAAGUGGUCACUGUCUAUGGGUAUGGCGUGUUGAAUCGACCAAUGAUAUUGAGGCGUUGCGAUGCGAACUAUAUAUCUGACGUCGAACGGGCCAUCACAUUUAACCCAGUUCAGACUUUGUACUUUACCACUGGCGAAGCUACAAACGAUGGCAAAAUUAUUACACAUGGCGAUUCGGGUGGACCAAUCGUUUCAAAAACAAAUGGCAAAAUCGUGGGCAUAGCUGUGGGUAUAAAUGGAACAACAGGUGGCCGCGGAAUGUUCCUUCCAAUUGCAUUAUUCCUUGAUUUUAUCCAUGAUCCAAAGAGCGUGAAACCACUUCCACCUUCGCUUACAUUUAACGAAGCUAAAUUUAUAGCCGAUAUAGUGGUACCGGGAAAAUUUCUUACUGCCUUCGAAGACUCAUAUGCCAAUGCCGACGAAGAUGAUCAAAUGCUAUUUAAUGCAAUCAUUUUGUCGGAAACCGAGAUUUUGACCUGUGCACAUAAUGUACUCGGCGCCCCAUAUGUCUAUGUAAUAGUAAAUAAACUAUCAAGCAAUGCGACAGAACUUAAAGUCACUAAAGACCAGAUAGAAAUUCAUGAGAAAUACUCAUUGUCUGGAUUCGCAUUUGACGUUGCCAAGAUUACACUUAAAGAACGAUUGGAGUUCAACGAGAACGUCGGCAGCAUCGAUUUGGUGGACAAAAAUUACAAAUUGAAUGACCCGUCUGAAAUAGUCUCUGUCUAUGGUGAUAUGACAUUGGAUGGAACGGCGAGAACGAGACGUUUUGAUACAAAGUAUUUAGAUGGCGCCAUUUGCAAAUCAAAGUUGGGCGCUGCAUUUGAUGCAAAUAAUUUGAUGUGUUACACUUUAGAUGAAAGCAUGGGAACUCCCUCUACGUUUGGUGGACCAAUGAUUUCGAAAAAGAAUAACAAACUCGUGGGCAUGACCAUAUUUCGUUUUCCUGAUGAACCGGUUAUUUUUCAACCGAUUGCACCGUUGCUCGAUUGGAUCCGGAAGCCAAGGGUAAGACGUAAUCAAAGAAGAAGAAUAUAGGCUUGAAAAAGGGGUUUCAGGCGCCUGAAAAAGCUGAAUACCGUCUCUUUUUUUGUUCCUGUCAUUUGAUGUUCAACAAAAGAACCGAAUAAAU